UAGAUCCUAAGAAACGAUAUUCUUUAUAUUUAGUAUUAAAUAAUAUUUUUUAUAUUAUAUUUACGUUUAAUUAUACGUAUUAAUGGAUUUAGAAUAAAAAGAUACAACUUUAUUUAUGCGGAAAGGCGGUAGAUUACAAGUUACUUUCUCGCGGAUGAAUAUCUGGUCGUUAGGCAGCAUAGUUACUGUCAAUUUCAGCCGCAAGCUGGCUUGACAACGAUUCUUUUUCAUGGAAACGUAAACCGUUACUACCGUGACGUCCCCGGCAAUGUGUUAGUUCAGUCCGUUAAGAGAGCAUCUUUCUUGGUCCUUGCUUAUUGCUACCGCAGGUUUUGUUGUGUUCGCAGCGAAAUUAAUAACAGCAGCCCAACAGGAGCUUCUGCAUUAAUUAAUAGAGCUCCAUUUAGUUUUCACAAGCGUCAAGAUGUUUAAAAACACAUUUCAAAGCGGGUUUUUAUCAAUUUUAUAUAGCAUCGGAAGUAAACCUUUACAGAUAUGGGAUAAAAAGGUUCGUAACGGCCACAUCAAACGAAUCACAGAUAAUGACAUUCAGUCACUGGUUCUUGAAAUUGAAGGCACGAAUGUUAGCACAACCUUCAUCACCUGCCCUGCUGACCCAAACAAAACCUUAGGAAUCAAACUUCCUUUCUUAGUGAUGAUAAUUAAGAACUUGAAGAAAUAUUUCACAUUUGAGGUUCAGGUAUUAGACGACAAGAAUGUCCGAAGGCGAUUUCGUGCAUCAAACUACCAAAGCACGACUCGAGUGAAGCCAUUUAUUUGCACAAUGCCCAUGAGGCUCGACGAUGGUUGGAACCAGAUUCAGUUUAACCUUUCCGAUUUCACCAGGAGAGCUUACGGCACAAACUACAUUGAAACUCUACGAGUUCAGAUUCAUGCAAAUUGUCGCAUUCGAAGAGUUUACUUCUCAGAUCGGUUGUACUCAGAAGAUGAACUUCCAGCAGAGUUCAAACUUUAUUUACCGGUCCAGAAUAAAAAGACAUAGACGAAUCAUCUCAACAGAACAGAUCUUGCAACUUCUAAUCUGCAAGUUAAAACACUUUUUUAUUAGUUUCCAUUUAUACGUUGCAGGAGCAUUCUGUUGUUUUGUGGCUUUUUAAUAAAGGAUUUAAAGCUUUUUUUUCAACAACAGUGUACUUUUAUGUAAACUAUUCAGCCCCAUUUGCACUAUUAAGUGCCAUAAACACAACACAGCACCCUUAAAAGUUACUUAUGCUUUUAAUUCGGUGGUAAUGUGUGUUAAUGUGCUUGGGUGUGGGUGUUUUGUUACUGUUACCAACUUUUUGUUUUGCCCACAAGAUGUCUCCAUUUUCAGCACAGAGUGCAAACUGGUCGUUUGGAUUUUUCUCUGUACGCAGCAUACCGUCAUGUAGCUGAAAUGUGUACCACAAUUUUUUAUUGCGAAAAGCAACCUUGAGUUCCUUAACUGAGCGCGCAUUCGCUCAAUGGACACAUAACUGCUGCUACAUUCCUACACUGCGUCGGUAGUACGAGUUUAAACAUUGGAAGUAUCCACGUUUUUUAAUUAUUUUCCCACACCUAACCACCAACAACAGUAUACAUAUUUAUACAUGUUCAUUUCUUUCCAUUCUCAGCGAUAUAUUUUGUGCUGCGCGGCGUAAUAUAUUGUUAUAUAAUUAAUUUUUGGCACAACGUUAAAACAUCUACCUUUAGCGUUUCAUUAAAUUGUUCUAUAUAAUAUGGUUUUUGGCUGUUUCGUUGUUCGUUAUUACACGAUUAUUACCAGUG